AUGACUGUUCCUCCAGUAUACAUUGUUUCUGCUGCUCGUACUCCAGUCGGAUCUUUCCAAGGUCAGCUCUCCAGUUUAUCAUACUCUGAUUUGGGUGCUCACGCUGUUAAGGCCGCCUUAGCUAAAGUUCCACAAAUCCAACCAUCUGAAGUUGAUGAAAUCGUAUUUGGUGGUGUUUUACAAGCCAAUGUCGGUCAAGCCCCUGCAAGACAAGUUGCCUUGAAAGCUGGUCUUCCAAACUCAAUUGUUGCUUCCACUAUCAAUAAAGUUUGUGCUUCUGGUAUGAAGUCUAUCAUUAUUGGUGCUCAAAACAUUAUCUGUGGUACUUCUGAAAUCGUUGUUGCUGGUGGUGCCGAAUCCAUGUCCAACACUCCUUACUACUUGCCAGCUGCCAGAACCGGUGCUAGAUACGGUGACAGCGUUAUGGUUGACGGUGUUCAAAAGGAUGGUUUAUUGGAUGUCUAUGAACAAAAAUUGAUGGGUGUUGCUGCUGAAAAGUGUGCCAAGGACCAUGGAUUUACCAGAGAUGAUCAAGAUGAUUUCGCUGUUGGUUCUUACAAGAAGGCUGCUGAAGCUUAUGCUCAAGGUAAGUUUGCCAGUGAAGUUGCUCCAAUCACCAUCAAGGGUAUUAGAGGUAAGCCAGACGUUGUUGUUUCUGAAGAUGAAGAAGUUAAGAACUUGAAUGAAUCUAGAUUAAGAAGUGCCCGUACUGUUUUCCAAAAGGAAAAUGGUACUGUUACUGCUCCAAAUGCUUCUAAAUUGAAUGACGGUGGUGCUGCUGUUGUUUUAGUUUCUGAAGCUAAGUUAAAACAAUUGGGUCUUAAGCCAAUUGCCAAGAUUGUCGGUUGGGGUGAAGCUGCCACUGAACCAUUUGAUUUCACCAUUGCUCCAUCUUUGGCUGUUCCAAAGGCUUUAAAGCAUGCUAACGUCUCCUUGGACCAAGUUGACUAUUUCGAAUUGAACGAAGCCUUCUCCGUUGUUGGGUUAGCCAACACCAAAUUAUUAAACUUACCUGCUGAUAGAGUUAAUGUUUACGGUGGUGCUGUUGCCAUUGGUCAUCCAUUGGGUUGUUCUGGUGCUAGAAUUGUUGUCACUUUGUUGUCUAUCUUGGGCCAAGAAGGUGGUAAGAUUGGUGUUGCCGGUAUCUGUAACGGUGGUGGUGGUGCAUCUUCCAUUGUCAUUGAAAAGUUGGAUCACGAUGAAAGUAAGUUGUAA